AUGAUAAUUGCUAGAAAAAGUCGAAAAAGGCGGAGGAAUCGGGAAGAAGAAGGUGAGUUUGGGCCGGGCCGGGCCCAGAUUAACAAAAACGGAAAAAAUGACAUCAUUUUUGUUGAUAAAUAAAAAUUUUGAAGAAAAAUCCCACACUACUUAAUCUAUCUCAUGUUUUUUCACUUCACAAUGACUCAUAUGUAUUUUUAAAAAAAUUGAAUUUUCUAGGUUCCCUCCAUCUUCCAACAACUUCUUCAACACAAAAUAUCCAAUCAUCCGAUUACGAGUGAGUGUUUUUUCAUGAUUCAUCGGAUUAAUUCAUCGUUUUUUCCAGGGAUUAUGAAGAAGCCGAAGAAACUGCUGUAAAAAUUAAUAAUCAAAUGUCAAAUGAAAAUGAAAAUGUGCAAAACAGUACACAGAAAAAUAACCAAGUUCGAAAACAAUGCUCAUCUUUACGAUGGUUAUCGAUUCCAGCUUGGCUGUUUUUAAUAAUCGCAAUUCUGAUAAAGGUGAGGAUUAGGCUACCGUAGUUUUGAUUUGAUAAACAUUGAGAUUAGCUGAUGAUUAGUGAGUGCAUUACGCCACCCGGAGUUUUUCUGGAUGAAAAAAAAAAUGGAAAAAAAUCGGAGAAGAGAGGAGAGGAGAUUACAGUAGGAAAGAAUAUGAUAAUAUUAUUAUUGAACUCGGAUUUUUUGGUCAAAAAUCAAAUUUUUGAUCUCUAAAAAUCAUAAAACACCUUAAAAUUUUCAAAAAUAAUAUGUUUUUAGCCGUCAAAUGCAAUAAUCGAAACUCGAUGUGGAUCAAUAGACAUUCGAAACACACCAAUGGGUUUGAAAAGAAGCAACGCGGCUCUUGAUCUUGGAGAUUCGGAUUCGAUAAAAUCGAAAGAUUUGGAUCUUUCGAAUCAAAUCAAUUGCACAGUUAUUGAGGGAUCAUUUUUGAUUACUAUGAUAUCAACGGUUGAGGGAAAGAAUUAUUCAACUGAGGAUUUUCCGCGAUUUCCGUAUUUGCGAGAAAUUACCGGGAGUUUGAUGAUUUUUGAUGCCGGGUUUGUGUUUUUUGCUAUUUUUCAAGUGGAUUUUGACCCUGUGAUCACGAUUGUCAAAAACUGCAGAACUCAACUACCAAUGUGAGUUAUGACGUGGCGAAUUUUGGGACUUUAGGAGGUGAAAACUAGCUGAUAGCCUAGCGUUGCUCAGAAGGUUUUCAAUCAAUUUUGAGAUUUCAAAUGCAGAUUCCAAUUUUUUCUGAGAAAAAUUCGGAUGAAAUUGGGAGUUUUGGUUUUCUAGGCCAUAAAAAUGAACAAGUAGGUUUGCUAGGCCAACUGGAGGUUUUCUAUGCCAUGAAAUUGGGAAUUUUGGUUUUCUAGGCCAUAAAAAUGAACAAGUAGGUUUUCUAGGCCAUCUGGAGGUUUUCUAGGCCAUUUAAGCUGAACAUUUGGUUUCGCAGACCAUAAAAAUAAAACAUUUGGCUUUCUAGGCAAUCUGUAGGUUUUCUAGGCUACGAAAUCGGAAAAUUCGGAUUUCUAGGUCAUCUGGAGGGUUUCUAGGCCACGAAAUUCGAACAUUUGGAUUUAUAGGCCACCUGGAGGGUUUCUAGGCCAUGUAAUUGGAAAAUUUGGAUUUCUAGACCGUUUGAGCUGAAAAUUUGGAAUCUGAAAUUGAGAUCUCAAAAUUGGUUAAAUAUUGAAAAUAAAUCUCCUGAACAGCACUAUGCUAUCAGAUAAAUCAAGCUAGUUUUCACCUCCUACAGCCCCCAAAUUUUGCCACGUCAUAACUCAUGUUAGAAGUUGAGUUUUGCGGUUUUUGACAGCAGGUUCGAAAUUUCAUAAAACAUCAUAAGGUUCGAAAUUUUUCUAGAUAUUUGAAAACCUUAUCAUGGAUCUUGCCGAAUUUACGAGUUAUUGGUGGACAAGUUCUCAUUCAACAAUAUGCACUGGUUAUUUACAAAAAUAACGAUCUUGAAGAUGUUGGUUUGAGCUUGAAUUAAAAAACAAUUGUGAACUCUUUUUUCAGAUUGGUCUCAAUAAUUUGAAAGUGAUUAGAAAUGGCGGAGUUCGCAUAACUGAUAAUAAAAGAUUGUGUCAUACUCGAUUAAUCGAUUGGAAACAUAUCACAACUUCUGCUGUAAAUGAUGUUUUAUUAGAUGAUGCUGCUGAAUUGAGUUUUACUGAAACUGGACGAAGUUUGUUUUUUUUCUCGAAUUUUCUUUAUCUCAUCUCUAAAAUUCCCAUUUUUCCAGUCUGCAAGAAAGGUGGAUGUGUUUCCGAUCCGAAUCAAGAUCUGUGCCAUUAUAUGGAAGUCAAUGACAAACACUAUCAAUCUUGUUGGAGUGACACGAAUUGUCAAAGAACGUGCAAGUUUGAUCGAAUUGGCGAAGAAAUUGGACCGGGAUGUGAUCCAGAUGGUGAGAAAUGUCAUGAUGAAUGUCUGGGUGGAUGUGAUAAGAAGGAUGAUGCCAGUGCUUGUCAUUCGUGUAAAAAUUAUCAUUAUCAGGUGAGGAAUAUGUGCUAGAGGGAAUAGAAAUUUACAAAUGUGCUCUACCGAAGAAUUUUGUGAACUUCGAAAACAGAAAAUUUCACAGAUCCAAAAACUCAAAUUCUUAGCUCUAAAGUUGCAAAUUUGCUCUAUUGAGAAUCUGAAUUAACAUGAGCAAUCUAGUGAAUUUCCUCUAUUCUAUAGAAUUCACUAGAUUGCUCAUGUUAAACCAGAAAAGCGGUCAAAUUCUCCAUGGAGUGAAUUUUAAACUAAUUUUCAAUGUGAACUUUCCUUGUUCAAAUUCAAAUUUUUAGCCCAAAAGAUGCAAGUUCGCUCCAUUGAUAAUCUGGAUUAACAUGAGCAAUCUAGUAAUUUUACUGUAUAGGAUUAUUAGUAAAUUCACUAGAUCGCUCUUGUUAAACCAGAAAAGUCGUCAAAUUUUCAACUGUUCAUAAAAACUUGAGAGUUUUCUCGCGAUUUCAAAUUUUUAACUCAAAAAUUGCUAGCCCCUCUAUUGAGAAUUUGAAGAAUUUUUGUGGUUCAACAUGAGCAACUGCCCGAAAAUCAUAUAAUUCCAUUUUAUGUUCAGGGUCGAUGUGUUCCAACUUGUGGAAACAAUCUCUAUGUUCUCAUAAACCGACGAUGUGUUACAAAAGAAAAAUGUUUGGCAUUGAAACCAAUCAAAUCAAAAAGUUAUCUACCAAUAAAAGCCAUAAAUGGUGUAUGCUCGGAUAAAUGUCCUGAAGGCUAUGAAGAAGAUCCGAAAGACAAUUCGACAUGCUUAAAAUGCGCUCCAAAUUGUCAAGUAAUCUGUCCAACAACAAUUGUUGAUUCGUAUCAUAAAGCACUUCAAAUCAAGAAUUGUCAUGUUAUCGAUGGCAAUUUGUUGGUUGAAGUUAAAGCGAGAGCUGAUUCUGGUUCAGCGAUUUCACUUCAAGGAUUAUUCUCGAAGAUUCAUACGAUCACUGGUUAUUUGCAAGUUCAUCGAUCUCCAUCAUUUCUCAAUCUUUUCAUGUUCAAAAAUUUGCGGGUUAUCGAGGGAAGAGAAUUAACAAAUGGAUAUGCAUUAUCGGUUAUGGAGAAUGCGAAUUUGAAGAAAUUGUUUGAUCCGUCACAUGAUUUGAAGAUUCUACGAGGAAAAAUCAGAUUCCAUAAUAAUCGAAUGUUAUGUUUUCAUUUUAUUAGUCAGUUUAUGGAAAAAAUGGGAAUGGAAUCGAUGAUGUCGGAAUUGGAUCAAUCUUUGAGCAGUAAUGGAGAUAAAGCUGUUUGUGAGUUUUUUUUCAAACUUUUUUAGGUUAAGCUCAAAAUCCCGGACAUUUUGAGCCUAAAUAUGUCUAAGCCUAGUUUCAGGCCUGAAAUUUAAGAUUUUUCAAACGUUUUGAAUCCAAAUAGGCAUAUUUUUGGCCUGAAAAUUUCGAGUUUUAGGCCCAAAAUCUGGACCUAUUCUCCUAGAAAUCUGAAGUUCUGGGCUUAUUUUGAUUAGAGAAAAAAAGUUUCUGUAAUUUUUUUUUCGAAAAUUUUUGUCUAGAAUCUCUAAAUUUCACGUUAUCUCUAAUCAAAAUAUUUAUUUUUUCAGGCUUGGAUCAAAGUUUUCAACUGAUUCUUGAUAGCACAACUUCAAAUUCGAUACAAAUCACAUGGCCUCAAAUGAAUACAACUGACACAGAUCAUCGAAAAUUCCUCGGUUACGAGUUAUUCUACAAAGAAGUUGCUGUAAUUGAUCCAAAUAUGUCAAUGGAUGAUGAUCGAAGUGCAUGUUCUGAUUCGUGGCAUAGUGCUUUUAUUCAAUCGGAAUCGGAAGAUUCUGAAUCAACAGUUACACAUAUUCUAACAGAACAUUUGAAACCCAAUCAACAUUAUGCGAUUUAUGUGACAACGCAAGUUGUGGUUCACAAAGGUGCCAGAAAUUAUGUGUCGAAAAUAUUGUUUGCGACUACGAAAUUCGCUGCUCCCGAACCACCGAUUGUUACGAUUCAAAGAGUUACGAGUGAUGAGAUUGAAUUGUCGUGGGAGCCGCCGAUUCGACCCAAUGGAGUUAUUACACAUUAUCAGAUUAAUUGGAGAGGAAUUGAGACGGAUGCCGCUUUCAAGGCGGAAGGGUUUUGCACGAAGCGACAGUAUGCGGAGAAGAAUCGGGAGGAGAUUGGAGAGACGACGGUUUCGCCACUUUCGACAAAAGCGCCGAGUAUGGAAAGUGUUUUUGGUGGGGGAAAUUUGAAAGGAGAUGGAACUUGUUCGGCAAUGAGUGGAUGUUGUGAAUGUCCGGUAAGGAUUUAUGAGGCUUUUUCGGGUAGAAAGUUUUUUUUAAUGAAAAAUAUAGUUCGAUUUGAAGAAUUGGGAAAAAUUCUACACCAAAAAAAUUUUUUUGCAAUUUUUCACUUAAAAAUUCUAAUUUUCUUGAAAAAUAUGUUCUGUACAAAUUUAGGUUCUUUAGGCGCGGCUACUUGAGAACUGGGAUGUCUGGGUUCGGCUUCUUGACAAAUUACUAGCCCUCAAGGAGCGGCUUCUUGACAACUAGGAUGUAUAGGUUCGGCUGCUUGACAUUGAAGCUCCCAAGGCGUGGCUCCUUGAUAUAGUGGUUCUCUAGAUGCGAGUCCUAGAAAAUUAGGUUCUGUAGGCGCGGCUACUUGAGACCUAGAAUGUAUAGGUUCGACUUCUUGAUAAAUUACUAGCUCUCAAGGAGCGCCUUCUUGACAUAAAACACCCUCAAGGCACGUUCACUUGAUAACUAUGAUCUCUAGGCUCGGCUGCUUGGCAUUUAAUUUCUCUAGCCACGGCUACUUGACAACUAGGAUGUCUAGGUUCGGCUACUUGACAACCAGGAGUUUUAGGCGCGGCUACUUGACCUUAGCCGAGCUACCUUUUAGAUUUUGCCCCAUUAAAAUUUAAUGCCAAAAAUCAGGGAUGUCGUUUUUGAACAAAAUGGGGGCCCCAGAGCCCGUUAUAACAACACGGGCUUGGCCGGCCAUACUCCGAAUAAUUCGUGACUGGCCGGGCGGAGCCCAGCCCGGCCCGAUAAAAUUAUUCUAUAUGCAAAGGUCGAAAGAAUUGCCUGGUUUUGUGUUAUUUUGGUGGUAUAAGUGGUGAUAGUGUGAAAGGUGUGAAUGGUAUUGGUAUGAUUGAUGUUAUGGUGUUAGUUCAGAUGGUGUAGGGUGGUGAAAUAUGUGUUUGGUGAACAUGGUGAAAUUUCUGUGAGUUGGUGUCAUUGGCGAAAACGUGCAAAAUGCACCAUUGGCGCCAAUUUAACUUCUUUGGUGCAUUGGCGUUAUUGGCGCCAAUGAUAAUAAUUUGUCCGAUUUCACCAAUCACACCCUCCAAACCAACAUCUUCAACAACUUUUUCAUUUUCAUUUAAAAAUUUUCACCAUAACAACCACCAUUGAUGGUCGAGACCGCCUUUCUAACGUCUCGCGAAUUUGUUUGUUUCCACUUCCUGAAUAUGAGCGGGCUUUAAAAAAGCCCCGGGGCCCUCUUAUAUUUUUUAAAAGGGCACCGGGCCGAAAAAGCCCGUUAAUUUUUCGGGGGGCCCCGAAAGCCCGACCCAAAACGACAUCCCUGCCAAAAAUAAUUCAUAUUUUUCAAAAUUUUCAAAAAAUCCGAUUUUUCCAGCACAAAACUCCGAGUAUCGAACAAACUGAAAGCGAUUCAGAUUUUGAAAAUGAUGUUCACAACAUGGUUUUUGUUCAAAAGUGAGUCCUUUUUUUUAAAUUCAUCCAAUAUCCCUAAUUUUUGUUUUCCCCCGAAAUUCCCGUGUGAUUUUUCCCCGCUUGUUUUGAUUUUCAUUUUUAACCCAACCCUCAACAAACCCGCGAGUUUAGAUGUUCAUUUGAUUUUGAUCCAAUUCGAUGCGCUUCCACUUGGGAGCAAGAAGUUGAAGAGAUUGAUCCGGAAAUUGUGUCAGCAAUGGAGAAAACUGGAAAGACUUCGAGAAGAGUCAGAGAUUUACGAGCAGAUGAGGAAUACGAAUUAAGGAAGAGGGAAAUGCGAAGAGCUGUUCAUGUUAUUAGAAAUAGUCAUCAAGAUUAUGAAGCAUAUUCGGCAUUUGUAAUGUAUGUCUGAUUGAUUGAUUGAAAAAUCAUGUGGAAAACCGAUGGAUUGUGCAUGUUUUUAUGUUGUCCUGGAUUAAUCUGGAGAUUUUUUCAUCAUAUUUUCAAAUUCCAGACCACUUUGUUCUUGUUUUUUUCUCACACUGGCAUGUUUUUAAUUUCAAAUUUUCCCUGUUCGGUCCUGCUAAUACUCCUUUUUCCCUCGAAGUUCACUUCCAUUCUAACAUUUUCUUUUUCAGACGUCGAAGAAGAUCGAUAAAAUCAGAAGCAUCGAGCGGAGACGGCAAAAAUGAUACAAAUAAAGAUCCAGCGAAGAAUCGUUUACAUGUGACUAGAAAAGCGGGAAAAAAUGAUGAAAAGGAUAACUUGCCUGAAAAUGAGACGAUUACAAUUUUGGAUAAAGAGAAGGAGAAAAAGGUGCAAUUUGAGAUGGAGGAUGAUGAGAAACAGGUUGCAUUCCCAUUGUUGACGCAGAAUGUGACUGCCAGCAAAACUGGACCCACUACUUUUAUUAUUAAGAAUUUGAAACAUUUUACGGAAUAUGCGGUAUGGUUUUGAAAAAUUGGAAAUUUUAAAAAUGAAAGAAAUAUUUUAGAUCUCGGUAUCUGCGUGUCAAGAUGUUAAUGUUCCUUUGAAUUAUUGCUCCCCGAGUUCGAAGGCGGCGAAAAUGAAGAAAACUAGUCCGUUGAGUGAGUUAUUAGCGUACUUAAGGGUUCAUGGGGGAAAAAAUUGACUUACACUAAAUUUUUAUCGUCUCACUUUUUGAAUUUUCAAAAUUUUAUUUCGCACUCUGCUGAAAAAUUGAGACAAUUUUAUGAGAAUCAAGAUAUCGGUAUGAAAUUUACUCGAAAAAAUGUCUAGAACUGGAGCCAAGUUACAGGGUUCCAGGGUUUGGAAAAUCUACAGAUUCGGCCACAAAACGAGGCUAUAACUCGAUUCAGAAAAGUUUUCAGGAAAAUCAGAUUUUUGGAAAUUGAUUACUGUAGUUGAUUUAUUGUUAGUGGAAAUAAUUCAAAAUUUCGAAAAAAUUGAUCGGAAAUUUUGCGCAAAAUUGAAUUUUUCAAACAUCUUCCAAAAACCAUGGUUGAUUUUUUCCCUGAUCUAAUUCAAAAACAAUUCUUUGCAGUGGACGUUGAUCGAGUUCUAAAUGAAACCAUCAAAAUCGACUAUAUGAACACGACAUCCAAAGUUCGAAUUACUUGGAAAACACCAAACAAUUCGAACGGUGGAAUCCUUGGAUAUUAUGUUCAUAUGCGAAAUUUGGCCGUCGACGCCUCACUUCAAACCGAAUGCCAACCAGCUGUAGCAAAUUGGACGUCUGAAAUUGACGGAGUCAUUUUCAAACACCCUCCAGAUGGUGAAUAUAGUGUUGAGGUUAUUGCAUAUUCGAUGUAUGCGCCGAGUGAGCCUGCGAUUGCUCUGGAGAAGGUUGUGAUUCAUACGCCUGGUUUUUGGACUCUAAAUGUAAGGAGUUGCUCUGAAAAUAAAAAUAUAGCUAAAAUUGGUUUUUCAGCGAAUAAUUGUUGCGGUUUUGAUCAUUUUGAUUUUCCUACUCUUUGCUGGACUUAUCACUUAUAAUAUUAUCAAAAAAUAUUAUGGUAAAAAAGUCAAAGCAAUGGCCGAUUUCAUGUCACAUAAUCCUGAAUAUGUAAUUGAAGAAGUUUAUAAGGAAGAUGAAUGGGAAUUGCAAAGAGAAACAUUGGAGUUAUUGGAAGAAAUUGGAAUGGGAACAUUUGGAAAGGUUUAUCGUGGAUUUGGCCAUGAUGUUGUAUCGAAUAAUGGUUGUACCUUUGGUGAAUGUGCGAUUAAAACAGUUCAAGAUAAGGCAAAUGGACAGGAAAGGUUGCAUUUCUUGUUGGAAGCGAAUGUUAUGAAGGGAUUUAAUGCGCCAUUUAUCGUCAAAUUAUUUGGAGUGGUUUCACGGGAUCAACCAACACUUUGUGUUAUGGAAUUGAUGGCCCUUGGAAAUCUUCGGGAUUAUUUGCGGUCUCGCCGGCCGGGAGCUGAAGAGAACACGGAGAAUUUGCCGGUUCCCUCAAAAGAACAAUAUCAUGAAUGGGCCUCGCAAAUUGCUGAUGGAAUGGCUUAUUUGGAAUCGAUUAAGUUUUGUCAUCGAGAUUUGGCGGCCAGAAAUUGCAUGGUGAGAGCGGAUGAGACUGUGAAGAUUGGGGAUUUCGGAAUGGCAAGAGAUAUUUAUUAUCAUGAUUAUUAUAAACCGACUGGGAAACGAUUGAUGCCUGUGAGGUGGAUGGCGCCGGAAUCAUUGAAGGAUGGUUAGUUUAUUUUUUGGAAGGGGGGGAGGGUUGGAGUUUUGAAUGGUAUCUAACUUGAGCAAUGCUCCAAAAAUCCAGUUUUUUUUUAAAAUUUUAAUAUGAGCAAUGCUAAAAUUGAGACUUUAUCAAAUUUACGUCUAAUCUGAGCAAGCCUAAUGCAAACUGAAUUUUUAAUUGAGCAAUGCUCAAAAAAUGUUGAAUUUCCAGUUGAAAUCAAAAUUUUCAAUGUUUAAUAUAAGCUGAUUAAUAUGAACAAUGCUCCAAAGAUUCAUUUUUCUCGAUUUAGUUUUAAUAUGAGCAAUUCUCAAAUAAUUUGGAAAAAUUGAAAAGUUUUGCUCAAAUUUACGUAUAACCCGGCCAAGCAUCAGAAUUCUAAUGAAAAAUUAAUAUGAGCAAUGCUCAAAAAAUGUUGAAUUUCCAGAAUUUUAACGAUUGCUCAGGUUAGAUGUGGUUUUGAGCAAAAAUUCAACGUUUAUCGAAAUAUUGCUCAUAUUAAAAUUCAAUUUUAAACAUAGAAAAAUGAAUUUUUGGAGCAUUGCUCAUGUUAGAGAUUGAUUUAAAGAAAAAGAAAAAUCCUGAAUUUCAAAAGGGAAUUGAAAUUUUUUUGGGUGUUGCUCAUAUUAAAUUAAAAUUAUAUUCUUAUUGGGGUUUUGAGGGUUGCUCACAAGUUAAAUGUAUUUAGUUUUAAGCGAAAAUGUCAGUUUUUUUGGAAUUUUCAAACAUUGCUCAUAUUAUAAAUUUAAUUUUUAAUUUAGAAUAAUUGAUUUUUGAAGCAUUGCUCAUAUUAUAAAUUUGAAAAAAGAGAAAAUUUCCGAAUUUCAACUCCUUUGCCUUGGGAACAAUUCUGAGUUCUCCCAAAAAAUGUUUGGGGAAGGUUAUUUUCCUAUUUGUUUCUUUUUCGAUAUCGAAACAUUUGAUCUUGUGAUUAUCAAUAUGAAAAAAUAAAACAAAAAACAGUUCAAGGUUACACGUUUCAUUUUCGCAUGAUAUAUUAAAGUAUAUACAGUUUAAAGCGGGUGAGAUUAAAAGAUCGUUGAUCGCAAAAUGUACAGAAAUUAAUAUGCAGUUUGAUGUCAUUCAAAUCAAAUCAUAUUAAGUUCAUUUCCGAGCCAAGAUAAAUCGUUUCCUUGUCCAUUCAUAUUUCCAUUUUGUUUCAAGUAAACUGGAUAAUUGUCAAGUCCGCUUGAAUAAUAAGUUCCAUAUAAUUGACACGAAAUCAUUGAAAUUAGGAACGAAAGAAGAAUAAGAAGAGUUUGGAAUGAGAACAUUGUUGUUGGAAGUGUGUUUUUGUUAAAUGAUAGCCUUGUCUUCUUCUUAUAUAGAAGAAUUGAUAUGCGAGAGAGAAGAGAGUUUAGAGAAAAAUAGGGUUUUAUUGUUUUUUUUUCGACUAGAAUGUGAUAUUUGUACUUGAUGUCAAACAUUGUUGUUUUCGCAAAGAUCUGAAAAUAAAUUGCGAAGUUGGACUUGAAGAGAUCGAACAGCAGAGGAUUGUUUUUAAAUUUGACUGUUUUGCAGAGUUGUCACGUAGUUGAGGCUAGAGAACCUUGGUUUCUAGGAACCGCGUCUAGAAAUCCACUCUGCCAAGAAGCGGCGCCUUGAGAGCUUUUUUUCUAGUAGUCGAGUCUAGAGAGCAUCGUUUUCAAGUAGCCAAGUCUUGAGAACCUGAUCGUCUAGGACUCACAUCUAAAGGUCCACUCCUGGAAGCAGCGGCGCCUUGAGAGCUUAUAUCUCAAGUAGCCAACCAUAGAAAUCCUAGUUGCCAAGUAGUCGCAGCUAGAAAGUUCAAGCUUCAAGGGUCCGUCUCUAGAAAAUCCUGUUCUCAAGCAGCCGAGGCUAGAAAACGUAAUUGUCUAGGAGCCGUAUCGAGAGAUUCACUCUAUGAAGGUGCCACACCUUCAGAGCUUCUAUGUCAACUAGCCAACCCUAGAAAUCCUGGUUGGCAAGUAGCCGUAGCUAGAAAGUUCAAUCGUCAAGGAUCAUCACCUAGAAGGUGA